ACAAAGAUCUGAAUUGACUGGUAUUACGAGAUUAAAUUCAUUGCAUUUAUUCUUUUUUGAUAGUCUAAUAAUAUUGACUAUUGUAUCCGGUUGUCCACAAUUAUCAUAGUAUAUAAGGGAAGAAAAUAUGCAUUUUACAAAUUUGAAUGAAGAUCCAACGUGCAAACAGUUAUUCUUGGUAGUACAUGUAUUGAUUUAAUUUGAAUACAAUACACAAGACGAGUGAAAAGUUUUAUACUGAACUACUACCGGUAAAAUGGCGGACCCUUUGUUGGCUGAACAAGAUGAAGAAAUAUUGAUAGAAGACCAACAGGACAGUAUUUUGAAAACAUUACGGAAAUAUUUAGGUCCAGACAGAAAGACAUUCGGAAAAGAAGACAUUGUAACUAAUCAUCAGAAUACACAAAGCUACUCUAACCGCGGAAGCUCUGCUCGAAGGGAGACUGAUGGAGAGAUAGAAUCAAUUGCACCAGCAGAUCAUUAUAAAGGUUUUGAUAUCACUUUAAGUGAACAAAAUGAAAUGGUGUUCACAAAUACUUCCAACAUGUUCACUUAUUCGUCAGAGACAAACAUACUCGAAAAGGGACCUGCGACGAAAGCGGUGAACAUUGCAGAACAACAAACAACGGCACAAGAACACAUGGACAUCUCAGACAUUGACAACCAAUACCAAUUUAACCAUAAGAGAAGAGGACACAUGGUCCUUUUUGUAAAUAACCAAAUUUUAAAUGAUGACGACCACAGAAAAGGAGCAGAUGAAGAUUUUCGCAAAAUGGAGGAAAUUAGAACUAAGUUUGGUUUUGAGCUAUUAAAUUCAGACAUGACAACAAAUCUCUCCAAGCUAGCCAUGCAAAUGGUACUCAGGAAAGCACAACAAAUUGACCAUUCUGAUUGUGAUUGCUUCGCCAUAAUGGUUAGUACCCAUGGACAAAAACUUUCAUCUCCGAGAAACAGAACUGGAGAUAUUUAUGGGCUCUCGUGUGCAGAUGGACAGAUAAUGGAAUUAAGUGAAAUAGUUAAAAUGUUUGAUGAUGCCCACUGUCCGACACUGGAAGGCAAACCGAAACUGUUCUUUAUUCAAGCAUGUAGGGGACAAAAUAUGGACGAUGGCAGCAAGAUCAGUGUGUCCGGUCCGCGCAGGACUGCAGAAAGUGGGAAUGAUUCAGGGGGAAAAUCGGACACAGCUGACACAAAAGCAAGAUAUGAAUCUCAAUCAAGAACAUCAGUAUAUGAAUCUCCUUCAAGAACACCAAGAUAUGAAUCUCCAUCGAGAACACCAAGAUAUGAAUCUUUAUCGAGAACGCCAAGAUAUGAAUCUCCUUCAAGAAUACCAAGAUAUGAAUCUCCUUCAAGAACAACAAGAUAUGAAUCUCAUUUGAAAACAGGAAGAUGUGAAUCUCCAUCGAGAAAAGUUAAAUAUGAAUCUACUUCGAAAGCAACAAGAUUUGAAUCUCCAUCGAGAACAGCAAGAUUUAAAUCUCCUUCUUCAAGUAUUGUUGCAACACUAUCAGAUGACGACACACCAUAUUUAAAUUGUUGUGAUAACGAUAUGCUCGUUAUGUUCGCAGCACCACCAGGGAUGGUAGCAUGGAGGAGCGAAGCUAAUGGGUCCUGGAUGAUUCAUCAUUUACAUGCAGUUUUGAUGGAAUAUGAUUUUAGGAAGCCCAAAAAUUUGGUGAUUGUGUUAACAAAAGUGUGUCGUUUGAUUUCACAGUGUGAAACACAUGUCCAGGAUCCAAAAUUUCACAAGAAAAAAGUUGUUUCUGUUAUCGAAAGUAAGCUUACGAAAGACAUUUUAUUUUAGAAACCAUGUCCAUUGCUACAGUAUAGUAGGAGAUGAUUCAGUUGGAAAACAAAAUAUUGACUCGCAUAUUGUUUAUAUUACGAAUUGCAUUGUACAAAAAAGUCAUAGUGCCGAAACGUCGCUAGAAUUAACUGUAAAACUAUUGUUAAAAUGAUCUUUCUAGUAUCAUUUAAGUUAGACCAAAAUUAGCCAAAUUCAGAUAUAAGUGCAUGUUAACCAUUAAUGUUCAAAGAACUUUGUUGAAUUUGAUUAUUUAUAUGAUUUUGGUUACACCAUAACUGUCAUUAUUGUUACAAUCGUGUUAUUAUUUGCUGUAAAUGUUUUCAGUAAUUUAAAUGUUUGGUUAUCGACAUUUUACUUACCAUCACAAAUAUAAUAUAUUUAUCUUU